AGAUCUGCUUUGGGACCCAGACCCGAAUAAGUCAGGCCCCACAUUUUCUCUCAAUCUUUUUCCGUUUGUACACCAAAGUUCUGGAGAAAUCUAGAGAAAAUAACCACAAGCUUCCAUCACUUUCCCUAUAAUUGAAUUCCCCACAUUCACACUUCCUUCACUUCAAUUCGUAUAAUAUACAUACCAAUUCUCUACUCCGAGUGAAGCGUAACAUUCUCGUUAGCGCUUUGAUCGAUUGAGAGGAAACACAAAUUUAUAGAAAUUGAUUUUGGAGAUUUUAGGGUUUGUUUUGGACGCUGUUGUUAAAAGAGAAACAUGGAGACGUAUUAUUCAUUGAAGAUGAAGAGGAAGGAUUUGGAUGACGUCUAUGACGAAUUCUCCGAUUUCUCCCUUUCCUCUCCCGCCAGAAAAAUUCGUCGACUGGACGCAGAGUUGCCUCCCAUAAUAGAAGAGGUUGAACCAGAGAUUCCUAUAGCUUUUGCGCAAGCAGCUACUGAUCCAAGCUUUGGAAACAAUGGGGUAAAUAGGGGUGUAGUGAUUGAAGAACUGCCAAGUGUGCCUGAGAAUGAUGAGAGGGCAAUUGUUCUUUUCAAGCCCAUGAGCACACAUCUUGUGCAUUCCCCUUCUAAUUUCUCUGUUAAGGUGGAUCCCCAGUUUAUUACUGGUUUCAAAAGUCAAGCCUUUUGGGGAAACCAAGCAAAUGCAUUUAGACCAGCUCACAAUGAAGCAACGCCAGAGGAGGACUCUGGUUCUACAAAAGAGUGUCUAGCAGUUGUUCCCUGGGUUCCACCUCAGCUUCCUUCUGCUCAAGGAGCUCAAAUCCUUCCUCAACCUUACACUUCAGAUAUGAUGGAUGCUGAAGAGAUGGAGGGAGUAAUGAUGGAUGUCGAAGAUAGCAGAGUAAAUGCUGAGCCAAGAACUGCAGUCGAGGCUGGUGCAGUUAGUUUAAAUGAAGGUUUGCUUCCAUGGCAACAACAGCAUUGUAUGACUACUCAGCUGCCACAGAACACAUCAACACCUAUUGUUUGGUACCGGUAAUUGAUAAAAGGAUUAGGAUGUUGUUGUAACCAUGGGAUACUCUCAAACACUUCAUAUAUCUCUCCUCUUGCAAGGAGGCAUUAGCUAGGUAAAAGAGGGAGAAGUAAAUAGUAGAAAAAUAUAGUGGUAUGCUGCUUGAAAUUUUUGUCAAGGUAGGAAGGCCGAAGGUAGUUGCUUGAAUGUCAGCUUUGAUGGACUCUAAUACAUCAAGCAAAAAGCUGCUGGUUGUCUAAUGUCAGCUCAAGAUGAAAAUGCAAAAUCUUCCAUUGAUUUUACCGUA